UUUCUUUUGGUGUUGUUAAACAUGAACAUGAGUACAAAGCCUCAGAAGGGGGAGGCUGGGCUUCUCAAAAUUUAAAAGAAAAGAAGUAGUCUUUCAUUUCUGGUAACAGUAACUGAAUUUUUGUCACCACGGCACAGUUAACUGCUGUGCACAGUGUAUUUCCAAAAUAAGAUGGAGGGAAGCAUUCUGAAGCCACGAUCACCUCGUGAAAAACCCUGCGUGGGAAGUGUCAGCAGUUCUGCGUGGGGCCCAGCGCUGCUGCGUGAGGCACAGGCCGCCGAGUCCGGGGUUUCCGGGCGAAUCCCUCCUACCCCAGCCAUCGCCAGCCGCACCAUUUCCUCAGGAGCCCGUGCUACCACAGCUUGCUCCGGCCUCCCCAGCUCUACCCGGACGUGUCAGGCAGCGGACUCGGCCCUUCCCUCUCCCAACAACCCGUCUGAGGCACGGCUGAGCUCGGAGCCCUCCGCAUAACCCCAGCGCGGUGUCGGUCAGCUUCGCUUCACCUUUCUAGGGGCCGCCCGCGUCCCGCAGCCCCGCGCUCCGCCAUUUCCUGGCCGGGCGCCGCCACCCCACCCCAGCGCCCUCCCGCCCGCGCUGCCGCCGCCGCCGCCUGCCAGAGCAUGCGCUGCGCCCCGACUCAUGCGCAACGAGGGCGGCCGGGGCGCGCGCCUGCGCCGAGGGAGGCGUUCGGCGGCCGGAGGCGGCGGGGCGGGAGGCGGCGGCUCCAGGAACUGCUCCGGCUGCGCCGGGGAGGGGACGAGGAAGCGCGCGGCGGCCCCAUGGGGCCUUGAGGUCGCGGCCCCGGCUACGGAGGGGUGGUUGCGCGGAGUCGGCGGGAGGAUGGAGGGCCAAGGGGCCCCGGGCGCUGGCGGCGGCGAGGAGCCCCUGGGCUCCGGCAGGAUGAACCCGAAGCGGGGCGGGCGCGCCGCGGAGGAGGAGAGCCGGAACAAGCCCAAGCUGCGUGACAGAAUAACAAGCUUCAGAAAAUCAGCAGUGAAAAAAGAGAAACCUCUUAUUCAGCAUCCUAUCGAUGCUCAACCAACUAUAAGUGAAAUCCCACUUUCCCAGGCACUUGUUGAUGAACGUUGCAUGAACUUAUCAGAAAAAGAAGUUAUGGAUCUCUUUGAAAAAAUGAUGGAAGACAUGAAUUUAAAUGAAGACCGUAAAGCUCCUUUAAGAGAUAAAGACUUGACCACAAAACGUGAGAUGGUUGUCCAGUACAUUUCUGCAACUGCCAAAUCUGGUGGACUGAAAAACAGCAAGCAUGAAUGCACACUGUCCUCACAAGAAUAUAUUCAUGAAUUGCGAUCUGGAAUUGCAGAAGAAAAGCUUCUUAAUUGUCUAGAGUCUUUGAGAGUGUCUCUAACCAGCAAUCCAGUUAGCUGGGUUAACAAUUUUGGGCACGAAGGUCUUGGACUUAUGUUGGAUGCGUUGGAAAGGCUUCUGGACAAGAAACAGCAAGAAAAUAUUGAUAAGAAGAAUCAACAUAAACUUAUCCAGUGCCUCAAAGCAUUUAUGAACAAUAAAUACGGAUUGCAAAGGAUUCUAGGAGAUGAAAGAAGUCUCUUACUGUUAUCAAGAGCAAUUGAUCCAAGGCAACCACACAUGAUGACAGAAACAGUGAAAAUACUUUCUGCUCUUUGCAUCGUUGGAGAGGAGAAUAUGCUGGACAAGCUUUUAGGAGCUAUAACAACUGCUGCUGAGAGGAACAACAGGGAACGCUUUUCUCAGAUUGUUGAAGGACUGGAGAAUCAUGAAUUCUUACAACUGCAGGUAGCCUGCAUGCAGCUCAUCAAUGCCCUUGUUACAUCUCCAGAAGAACUUGAUUUCAGGAUACACUUGAGAAAUGAGUUUUUACGCUGUGGCCUGAAGAAAAUAUUGCCUGCCUUGAAGGAUAAGGAGAAUGAAGAGCUUGAUAUUCAGUUGAAAGUGUUUGAUGAGAACAAAGAAGAAGACUUGCUUGAACUGUCACAUCGUCUCAAUGAUAUCAGAGCGGAAAUGGAUGAUAUGAAUGAAGUAUAUCACCUGUUGUAUAAUAUGUUGAAAGAUACUUCUUCUGAAAACUACUUGUUGUCAAUUCUCCAACACUUCCUUCUCAUCAGGAAUGAUUACUAUGUCAGACCUCAGUAUUACAAGAUAAUUGAAGAAUGCGUAUCACAGAUAGUAUUGCACUCUAGUGGCAUGGACCCAGAUUUUAAAUGCAGAGGAAGAAUGGAUGUGGAUUUUACUCACCUUGUUGAUGCAUGUGUGGACAAAGCUAAAGUAGAAGAGAGUGAAAAAAAGGCAGCAGAAUUUUCCAGAAAAUUUGAUGAAGAGUUCACAGCUCGACAGGAGGCACAAGCGGAACUGCAGAAACGAGAGGAGAAAAUCAAAGAACUUGAAACAGAAAUCAAACAGCUACGAACACAGGGUCCAGUCCUGAGAAGUCAACAGACGGAAGUAGCACCACUUCCUCCAAUAUCAACUGAGAAUGUGACACCUCCUCCUCCAGCACCACCUCCUCCUCCACCGCUGUCUGGUGUAGCAGUGCCACCUCCUCCACCACCACCACCGCCGCUGCCUGGUAUAGCAGUGCCAUGUCCUCCGCCGCCGCCACCGCCGUUGCCUGGUACAGAAGUGCCACCUCCGCCACCACCACCACCACUGCCUGGUGCAGCAUUGCCGCCUCCGCCACCACCACUGCCUGGUGCAGCAUUGCCGCCUCCGCCACCACCACUGCCUGGUGGAGGAGUGCCACCUCCACCGCCACCGCUACCUGGUGGAGCAGUGCCACCUCCACCGCCACCACUACCUGGUGGAGCAGUGCCGCCUCCACCACCGCUUUUUGGUGGGCCUCCUAUGCCACCACCUCUUGGAGGUGUUCCUUUUGCUCCCUUUCCAGUGAUACCAGCAUUACCACAUGGAAUGAAGGAGAAGAAAAAAUAUAAGCUGGAGGUCUCUAUGAAGAGAAUCAACUGGUCAAAGGUUGAGCCCCAAGAAAUAGCAGAAAACAGCUUUUGGGUAAAAGCUGAAGAGGAUAAAUUUGAAAGCCCAGAAUUAUUUGCAAAAUUGGCAAUCACCUUUGGAACACAGGCUAAAGCUAAAAAGGCAAUAGAAGAAACAGAAGAAAAGAAAGUAGCUCAGUCGAAGAAAAAGAUUAAAGAAUUAAGAGUUUUGGAUGGAAAAUCUGCACAAAACUUAUCAAUAUUUUUGGGUUCUUUCCGUUUGCCUUAUGAAGAAAUAAAAAAUAUAAUUUUAGAGGUUGAUGAAGAGAAGCUGAGUGAAUCCUUGAUUCAGAACCUAGUGAAGAAUCUUCCUGAGCAGAAAGAACUUAAUGCCUUAGCUGAGUUGAAGGAUGAAUAUAAUGAUCUUGCUGAGUCAGAACAAUUUGGAGUUGUGAUGAGUUCAGUGAAAAUGUUGCGGUCACGUCUCAAUGGGAUCCUUUUCAGGCUUAUGUUUGAAGAACACGUAAACAAUAUCAAACCUGACAUUAUGGCGGUUACAAUAGCUUGUGAAGAGCUGAAGAAGAGUGAAAGCUUUAGCAGGCUUUUAGAGUUAGUGUUGUUCCUUGGAAACUACAUGAACUCUGGUUCCAGAAAUGCACAGUCUCUUGGUUUUAACAUCAGUUUUCUUUGCAAGAUUAGAGAUACUAAAUCAACAGAUCAGAAAACAACCUUACUGCAUUUUCUGGCAGAAAUCUGUGAGGAGAAUUACCGGGACAUCUUAAAAUUCCCAGAUGAACUGCAGCAUGUUGAGAGUGCAAGUAAAGUUUCAGCCCAGACUCUGAAGAGCAACCUUGAUUCAAUGAACCAUCAAAUCCAGCGCUUAGAGAAUGACAUUGAGAAUUUCCCUAAAACACAAGAUGAACAUGAUAAGUUUGUAGAAAAGAUGAGCAGCUUCGCUGAGAGUGCGCGAGAACAGUAUGAAAAACUGUCCAACAUGCACAACAACAUGACUAAAUUGUAUGAAAAUUUGGGAGAAUACUUUAGCUUUGAUCCCAAAGCAGUAAGCAUAGAAGAAUUCUUCGGCGAUCUGAGCAACUUCAGAACUCUGUUUUUGGAGGCUGUAAAAGAAAACAACAAAAGAAGAGAAAUGGAAGAAAAAAUGAAAAGAGCCAAACUGGCAAAAGAAAAGGCUGAACGAGAGAAAUUGGAGAGACAGAAGAAGAAACAGCAGUUGAUUGAUAUGAACAAAGAGGGUGAUGAGACAGGAGUGAUGGAUAGCCUGCUUGAGGCCUUGCAGUCAGGAGCAGCAUUCAGAGAUCGCAGGAAACGAACACCAAGGGGACACGCUCCUUGAGGUGUCAUCUGGCCCAUGUAGUCAGGAGUUAGCCAACCCAAGAAGAUAAUCACAGCAUGAAAAGAGUAGUCUGGAAGUUUGAUGUGUCUUGGAAUUUUCCAUGUUCCCAAACAUCUCCUAUGCCCUGCGGUUUCUUUAGAGUCUGUGUUGAAGAACAGAAAGACUAAUGUAAGCUCUAAUAUUCAUGUCUUCUGUUUCAAAGAUGCUCAUGUAGCCUGGAAAGACUUUAACAUCACUGCGUAAAGUACGAAACUUUAACCCGAGUUGGUCAGGUUUGUCCUCUUUGAUGUAUACUGGAAAAAUUAUCCUCAUGCUGCCAGAAUAUUAAUACGUUUCAGAAAAGAAAAUGCAGCAAGAGGAUUCUUACACUAACACUAAAGCAUCAACUGAAGAGAGAAAGUUCUGCAAAAUAUCGAUACUAAGGCAAUAUUACUCUGAGAAUUACAUAUAUAGAAGUGCAUAAAACCUUUAAAUGUAUCUGUGGAUUUUAACUGUACACUUUUUAAUUGACUUAUUAAAAUAGGGUGGCCGUGACUUCUGACUACUAAGGACUUUUAAGAAUUUACUUGCAAAUGACCUAUUAAGGAAAAUCGGUAGGAUACCUUUGGAAAAUAUUGUUGGAACAGUUUGUAUUCUCUAGGAAAAAAAAAAUCUACAAAAUUGUAUGGCUUUGGACUGCCAGAAUUUGAACAUGACACAGCUUAUUUUAACUGAAUUGAGGAGUUUUUCUUGAAAUGUGAUUUUUCAAGAUUUAAGGAGGAAUAUUGUAGAAUAUAUAACAAAAUUGGAAUUUGAAACAACACUUGGAUUUCUUAAGAAGGCAACUAUAGAACAUUUUUAGACAAGUCUUUUAAAUUUAGACCACAAUACAUUGCCACAUUCUCGCAUGUAACUUUAUUGGUGUUUUAAGAAGUGCCAUAAAUCCAGAUGCAUUUUGGGUAAAAGGUUGUGUUCACCUUUAAAAUUUUGUUUUAUGCUGCAGUAUUUUUUAAUUCUAUUUAUAAAAUACAAAGAUGUAUUUCUGCCUAAAACAUCAGACUUCUGCUUGUAACUUAAUAGUUCAAUCUCAAUAAAAACAAUCUGAAAACAAGGAAGGAAUUAAAAAAAACAAAUACAAAAAAAUACAGCUCCAGCAACUAACAGGUGGCAUUUAAUACAUAAACCAGUAACACUGUUCAAAUUUAGUCACUAUUGUCUCUGGUUUUGUAAUCAAAUAAAUGAGUUCAGGAUUUCAGCUGCAUCUAAACAUUCAUACAAAUUUAAAACAAUUAACAGUUUAUGAUCUGCAAGCAAUCUGAACUGACGUUCUGUUGCAUUUUUUUUAGCUUUUUUUUUUCUCCAAAUCAAAUUAACAGCUGGUGUUCUGUAAAGAUUGCAUCUUUUGAAAUUGAAAUACUGAGAGCACUCUGGUAUAUUUUUCUAAAAAUGAGCUCACAGAUUUGGUAAUUGUAUUGAUGUAGAUUUUGAAGAGAUGUGAUCUUGAGUGAUAAUAAACAGUAGAACUAGGUACUUGAAAGACAAGUAAUUGUUGUCAAGCAAAACAUCAUUAUCCGUUGAAGAUAAGCGUGUGCAUGUAAAUUAUGAUACUUUGCACUGGAGUGACCCUUAUGCUCUUAACUGCGCUUCACUUAAGUGUUGUUCGUGGUAUUAGAAGAGAGAAAGUUGUACUUAUCUUGAAAAGAUUGUGUUUUUCUCUGAAAUGCAGAGGAGAGAACUGGAGACUGCAUAUUCUUUCUCUUUUCUGUACUUUUAAAAAGAAACAAAUACUGUUCUAUUAAUGUAUGAAGAACAGAUGUGAAACUCUUUAAAUUGAACAAAUAUUCUUCCAUAAUUUUUUUUUUGCUUCAAGUGCAGUCUUAGAGCUUUGUCUGCAUAGCCAGAAAACAGCUGCACCUCUACUGUAUUGUAUUUUCUGUUCUUCUUUGAGUGUCUGUUUAACAAGUCAGUAAGAAGGAAAGAAGAGUUAGAGAAGUCCAAGGCAGAGUUUUACAGCUACUCUUCUAUAGUUACAAAGCACAGAAAAUUUCUGUUUCUUUUGUAGCAUUUCUUGCAUUUGUUAUGUAUACCCUAUUGCAACAAGAAUAUUUUCAUGACAUUGUGAACUGAAAGAUUAAUUUGGUUCUGUUUUAAAAAUUGUUUUAUUUAUUUUUCCAAAGUUUUCUGCAUUUCGGAUUUUUCAUUUUACCAGAUUUCUCUUGUAGACUUGAAUAUCCUUAUGAUGAUCUUUUCUUUGAGCGGAAUUCCUGUUCCCAAAUAUUUUUUUCACUGAUAUAGUGCUUGAUGUAAAAUGCAAAAAGAAAAAAAAAUGCAGGAAAAUAAGAUGUAUACAAGGACUUUGAUUUCUGCUUUCCAGUCUAGUGGAAACUUUUUUGUGUGUGUGUGUCUGUACCUUUUUAUUGUUAGCUAUCUUUUUUUGAAUAUAGUGUUUUAUAGCUUUGAUCUCGAACAAUUAAGAUUAAAAGGCUGCAUUUGUGUUUUUUUGGUUUGUUUGUUUUAGUUCAAAUUUUUAACAAUAAAUCUCUGAUAUAGUAGCUUGUUUACCAUCGGUAUUUGAAGUUAAGAUUAUGUAGUAUAGGCUUUUGGUUUAGCCUUUUGAAAAUUAUUUGAUACAAAUUCACUGUACUGAUGGGCUAAUCAGUUAAAGUUCACUGAGUUUAGCUAAACAGUGUGUGUUUGAUUUAGAGAAGUCUGUGGUAUGUCAACCUUUUCAGACAUAAUCCUACUUUCAACAUUAUCUGACAGGUAGUCAGCCCAUCAGGCCUGAGGAUGUUCUCCAAAGCAGAUCAUUUCUUCACUCUUGACUAGUUAUUUAUCUUAUUGAGGCAGAAUUCACAACCAGCAUAUGGAAACUAAGAAGGACCAAAGAAGGGUGUUCCAAGCCUUCCUUUUCUUCUUUCAUACACUAUGAAAUGUUUUGUAGAUGUGGCUGCAACUCACAUAUGUGUUUUUGCAAUUUUGUUUUCAUGGCAAAAUAUAUCCAUAAUGUAAAAUAAAUCUUAUAUUAUAAAAUAAAAGAAUCCCA